AAGUCAAAUUAAAAAUAAGAAGAAGAAUGCGUGUAACGCGAUUAGUUCAUGAAAUUGCUUCCACAUGUGAAAUUUAUUGUCAACUUCAUUUGUGAACGUAUCGCAUUUUUGUUGAAAUAAUAAUUGUAAGCAGCAAACAAAAUGGAGAGUUUGGAAGACGUGUCGACUGGAGGUCGUGUGACAAGGUCUUUGCGCAAACGUUUGGCCUCUGUAGAUAGCGAAUCUAAUAGCCGACCAUCGACUCCUCAAUUAACUAAGCUAACUGCUAUACCAGAGACAAGUUCUCCUUCGCGACCUUUACGGGGAACUCGUCGCAAUUCCCUUACCGGCAAUGCUACACCAUCAAAAUCUGUUGGAAGACCAAGAAAAUCAACCAUAUGUGAAGAAAUUGAUGCCGAACGUACUCCUGCCAAACGUAAUACUCGAAGAAGCAGUGUAUGCGUAAAUGAUACACAGACUCCAAAAACACUUCAAAUAGAUAAUUCAUUACCCAAAGCCAAUAGCAUAAAUGAAAAAUCGGUAAUAAAUGCAAGAAGUAUUGCAGAUGAAAGCGAAUCUAGUCCACCAUUGGUAUUUGAUGUAGAGAAAACACCACGUCCAUCCACUAAUAAAAAGAAUAAGCCCGGACCGAAAUCAAGGCGUAGUAAGAAUUCGAACGAAAGCGAUUCGGAUGUUGAGGUAAUUAAUCUAGAAGAAAAAGAGAUAAGUUCAAAUAAUUCCAACCAAAAAUCUGAGGAAAAGGUCUUGAAAACGCCAACAAGAACUUCACCUCGGUUACAAGCAAAGAACUUUUCACCCAAAGGUAGAUGUAUUUCCAUGGAAACCAUUGAUUUGUCCGAAGACAGUGUUGUGAGUGAUAACAACAAAAAUGCUGAAGAACAUAUAAAUUCAAACGUACAAACAGUCAACAAAGAUGAAAAUGAAAAUAUAAAUUUAGAAGACACGAAAUCAAAUGUUUCUUUAAAUAUGUCGACAAAAGAACCGACUGGUGUACUUCGUUUUGCUGAAGAAUCUGAGAGUGAAGUAUGUCUUGAUAUUAAAACACCUGAAAAAUCUACUUCGAAACCAAUUAUCGAAAGCGUUGUAAUGAUACAAAAGCUUUCACCAAAGGUUAUGGCAAAAUAUUGUGGUGAUGUUGCAGCCAUGAACUCACCAAACUCAAAAUCUGUUACUUUUAAUGAUGUUGAUACAGAUGACGAUAUAAUUAAGCAUUCUUAUCCUAAAACUCCAGCUUCGAUCAAGAGUGAAAGUUAUCUUACAAAUGAUUUAUCAAAUGAAAUAGAAGAUAAAUCAUUUCAAAGUGAUAAAGAAUCUGUCAACAGUUUUAAAGAUGCCAGUGCACAUUUGGAAGAAUUCGCAGUACAUUCAGAAAAAGGCAAUCAAUCAAAAGAAUCUGUCGAGUUUCAUGAUGCCACAAACGAUAAUGCUGAAGAAAAUAGUUUUCCUGACGAUGUAGAUGUAGAAGAAAUGAAAAAAGAUAUCACCCCACAUAAACAGAAACUUUUAACAAACUUGCAAAGUUCUACUCCAAUGAUAGACUCAGUAUCGCCUUCAAAACCUGAUCAAAGUAACAAACAAAAAGAAAUUAUAGGAAAUUCUUCUGAAAAAUCGCCGAUACAAUCACCACAAAGAUUACAUGAUUCGUUCCUUACAAAGAAAGACAAAUCCGAGGAAAAUAUUCUCCAUGAAAUAGACAAUAAAAACGUCACAGAAGUGGACCUUGCAGAUAAUACAAAUAAAAAUGAGGAAAAAGAAGAAUUAUUUUCAAAAUCUUGGACACAUAAUGUAAGUGGAAACGCAACAUCUAAUGGAAAAAUUGACACAAUUGCUGUUUCCUUUUUGGAGGCUCAAAAGGAUGAACUAUUAACCGAUAUGUCAAAAAAUCCAAUUGAGCAAAAGAACACGUCAACUUUGGAAAAUGAAAAUGAUGAAGAAGAGAACGAAGAUGAUUAUGAAACAUUCCAAAAAUUGGAGUUUGUUGAUGAUGAGGCAAUUGAUGCAGGUCCUAAUUAUGAAAGUGGAGAUUCAAUGGAUGAUGAAGAGCGAAAAGAAAUGUUGGAAAAUGAGAUUAUAGACGAAGGUGAAUCAAUUGGCAGCGAAGACACCCUUUCAGAUAAUAUCAACGAAGAUGAUGAUAAUGAUGAUGAAGAAAAUGCUUCAUUUAUUACGUCUGACUCUGAAGACUCGGCUAUUGAAUAUUCUGAUACAAAUGAGCCAUUAGAAGAUAAUUAUCAGAACACAACAAAACCUACAAGAAAAAGCCGAAUUUCGUCGACUAGUGGAAGUGAAGCUGAUGUACAAUUCUCUGAUGAAAAUAAAGACGAAACCGCCAAUAGUAAUUCAAAAAAGAAAAAGAGAUUAAGUAACACGAAGAGGAAAAAUCGUAUAUUAUCGACGAGUGAUAGUGAUGUUGGGGAACCAACGGACACCAGAAAAACAACAUUAAAUAGUGAUGAAAGUAUUUACAAAUCAGACAAGCCGCUCGAUUUAAACGUUAGCAAGAUGAUUGAUGAAUCUACGGAUGACGAAGUUAUCACCAAUGAAAUAUCCGAAAAAGUAAAUGACCACAAUAAAGAUAAUGAAGAAAACAAUAUUAUUGCAAAUCAGGAAUUUGGCAGCGAUGAAAAUAAAAUUUCUGAAAGUCAUAAAAGCGAUAUUGACAGCGACAACAAUCUGGAUGAGUUGAAUGUUUCAAAUUUUGCAAAUGCUGAUGACGUAGAGCAAGCAAAUAACAGUAAUAACUCCAAACAAAAAAUAAGUGCGGACAGUAAUGAACUAGGCAACAUUACCAAAACUGCAUCUGAAUGUACAAAUCCAGAAUAUAGUGGUAACAGCAAUGAAUUAUCCUCUUCAAGAAAUAUAACAAACGAACAAAUGUUCGAUAUGUCUGCAAUAGAGAAAGAAGAGGUUUUAAGUCAUGAGCGGCAUAUGGAAGAAACUGAAAGAAAACAAAAUAAUAUGGAAAGAAGUAAUGCUUCAAAUAAUUCUAACAACUCUGAACAUGAAUCAAACGCUGAGAAAUACAUUGAAGAAGAGGAUAUAGAAAUACCGGAAACCCAAGAGGUUGAUAAACAGAUAUUAGAAGCAGAAUCCUCUAAUGAGUCUAACCAUGAAGAAACAGCGAAAGAGCUUUCUGAUGAAAAUUACGAACCAAAAGUUAAAAGCUCCGGUUUAAGCGUAUCUUUCUGUCCAGUAAAACAAAAACGCACUUAUGUAAAAAUUGGUAAAGAACGUAAACGCCACAGCUCAUUUACAAUUAGUGUUAAUGUUAUCAAACCAGAAACUUCUUAUCCAGUAGUCACUAGAAAUAGAGAUAGUGACUCUAGUACUGAUUCUUCUGCAACAGACCGAGAAUCUACGGAUGAAUUCGAAAAUAUAAAUUUAACCAAUAGAACAAUUUCAUCUGCGUAUAAAAAACGAAAAUCAAUGGUUUCAUUCAAUGUCGGAGAUAUAGGCGAGUUUCCACAUUGUAAGAAAUCAAAGCGUAACAGUAUCCAAUCUAUGCCAACAGAAGAUUUUAAUCCGUCUCAAUCUCUAAUUGAAACCAUUGAAGAUCGGAAACAAGAGUUAAGCAAAGCAAAAAAAGUUAAAAGUACAAGUGAGACUUUUCAAAAUGAUCCAAUUGGUUUUACCAAUAGCGGAGAUCCGGAUACUUUGGAAAAUGCUUACAACAAAGAAACAAAUCAGAACUGUUCACAAUCUUGUUCCAGUAAAGAGUCGUCUUCUUCCCAAUUGGAGACUGAAGACGCCCAUAAUAAAAUAACAAAUGAAGCACAUAGUACUACGAAAACGCGCUUAUCCAAAUCGUUCUGUGGGCCAAUACAAACUGGGGUAACUACUUCAUUGGAUAAUAGCGCUUUAGACCUAUCCAACAAUGAAGUUGAAAAUAAAAUAAAAAAUAGUUCUACACCUCAAAACCUUAAAGCUAUUAAAAAGAAGAAGACAGAUUAUAGCCAGAUUUUAAAUCGAUGUGAUGAAAUUAUAGAUGCAGCAAAUCGUGCUAAAUUAGAAUCGAAGCAAAAUUACAAAAAGAGUUCGGUGGUACAAGUAAAAUCUAGGAAGAAAUCUAAGCUUUCAUCGGGAUCGGAGGAAGAAUGGGCUAAUAAUAAAAAUAAUAACAAACAUUCCCAAGAAAAAACAUCACAGGCACUGGAGCAAGCUUUGAAGGCUUCUGCACAAAUCUUAAUGAAAGAAGCUUCGAAAAAUAAAAAAGGAAAACUUUUACAACAGCUGAGUGAAGAACAGUAUGCUGAAAAACGUCUACCUAUGCAGUUAUUGGAAUCUCUUUCAAAUUCUGAGUCGCAAGAUGGAAUAAAAUUGGAUAACAAAGAAAGCAGUUCACCAUUAGUACAUCGCAUGAAUUGUGCCUCCGGUGAAAUCGUAGAAGAAAUACUUAGUCCGCCAAAGAAGAAGCGUGCCAUAUUAAACAAAUUUGAAUUACCUUCUGGUACAGUUUUGGAAGAACCAAUUACACCUAAGAAAAAAAUGAAAACUGGGGGCUUUCGUGAAAGCCCAAUUACUCCACGUACUAUUGGUUUCAAGGUAAAACAUAUCCUUUCUGCUGGUCAGGACAAUGUACCGGAAUCGCUAGCAUCUAAUCGAUUAAAACGUAAAUACAAUAUCAGUGAUCCUCAACGCGUGCUACCUAAACCGCAAUGGUCUCAAUCAGGAGUAUUUUUGGAAGAGCCCUUGCCUUCAGUCAAUCAUAGCAAAAUACGGAAAUUGCAAGGAAGCAGUACCUGUGGAGCAGGUGCUAGUUUUGCGACCGUCAAUGCUAUGAAUUUUAAAAAUUCAACACUAUUUCGGAAAAGUGUGCCAAGAGAAGCAUCACAUGAGAUGUUGAAACGAAAAGAACGCCAGUAUAUACGUAAUUACUUUUAAUUUCUGAGAGGAUUUACAUUUACAAAUUAUUUUCAUUAUUUUUCACCCAUUUCUGCAUGGCUCUUGAGAUUGCCUACAUUUCUUUAAUUUUAAUGUUAAUUGUAUCAAACAUAUUAUUAUUAUAAUUAUUAAUCAAUAAAAAUUAUUUCCUAUUUUCUAAAAGUAUUUUUCCACGAUAAAAGUA